UCUUAGCUUGUAGGUCACCUGCUGCACAACUUCACAAAUGAAUUUAUACGCUAACCCAUGCAAUGACUUUGUAUUCAGGUGUGGUUCCCAACAUCAGAGGUCGAGUUCUACAUGAUACUUCAGGAGAUCCAACUCUGCUUGAGGAGGGAUUGUAUGUAUGUGGAUGGUUGAAAAGAGGACCAACUGGGAUAAUUGCUACAAACCUCUAUUGUGCCGAGGAAACCGUUGUGAGUAUAUUUGAAGAUCUUAAUCUAUUGGCAUCAAAAGCCAGCUUGCCCAAGCCAGGCAGAGAGGGUCUACUCCAUUUAUUAGAUAACCGGAAUGUCAAAUUUGUGCAGUUCAGUGCCUGGGAAAAGAUAGACUCUACAGAAACUAGGCUUGGGAAUCUUAAAAACAAACCCAGGGAUAAAUUAACUACGUGGGAGGAGCUACUCAAAGUUGCCAGGGAAUAAAUCA